AGAGAAGAACUGUGUGAGAAAACAAAACACUUUCUCUGUAUCUAUUUCUCACACUCGCAAGUCUCAAGCAACUCACACAGGAAGCGGCAAACAAAGCACACAGAAAGUAAAAAGCGGAAAUUAAGGAGCGGUGGUGACGGUGGUAGUGAAUAAAUAAAAGCAGCACCAUACCAUGGGGGGAGAAGAAGUAGCAAGAGUCAAAGCAGAGUUGUUCGACGACAACGAAAGCGAUCGCAACGACGACGACGUUUUGAGCGAGAGCAAGGACUCGGGAGUGACGACGGCUCACGCAGUGAAAGAAGAGAUGGAUGACGGCGCCGCUAACUGGUCUUCGUCGUCGUCGACUUCGCCCAAACCGAUGGAAGGGUUGCACGAGGUGGGCCCCCCUCCGUUCCUGAAGAAGACGUUUGAAAUGGUGGAGGACCCUCACACCAACCCCAUUGUGUCGUGGAGCCAAACUCGCCAUAGUUUCGUCGUUUGGGACUCGCAUGAGUUCUCCAAAACCCUUCUCCCAAAGUACUUCAAGCACAGUAAUUUCUCAAGCUUCGUUCGCCAGCUCAACACCUAUGGCUUUAGGAAGGUUGAUUCGGACCGUUGGGAGUUUGCGAAUGAAGGAUUCCAAGGAGGGAAGAAGCAUUUGCUGAAGAACAUAAGGAGGAGGAGUAAGUGCAACAAACUGCAUCAGGGAGCAUUCAAUAUGAUGAAGCCAGACGUGGAUUCUGAAGUGGAGAAGCUGAAGAAAGACCAGAACAUUUUGAAGGUGGAGAUUCUGAAGCUGAGGCAGCAGCAGGAAAAUUCUCAUGUUCAGCUCACAAAUGUUCAGGAGAGAAUUCGGUGUGCAGAGAUGAAGCAGUUUCAGAUGAUGUAUUUCCUCACCAGAAUGGCUAGAAGGCCUGCGUUUGUUGAGCAGUUAGUCCAUAAGAUUAGGCGAAAAAGAGAGAUUGAUGGUAAUGACAUGGUUAAGAGGCCUAGAUUGAUGGGAAAUCCGUGCCAUGUACCCUUCCCUAAGACAAUGGAAACAACACCUAAUUUUGAUUAUAGACACCAACAAGGUCAUAAACAAUUUGCAACAUUGCAAUCUGAGCUCAAUGUGACAGAAGUGAACUCCAGUAGGAUGGAGCACCCAACUCCCUCUCCUUUAGAAGAUGAAUUAGGCAACUCUUUGCAAGGGUUAAGGGCUCAUGGUUGUUCUAGAGCAAGGGCACAAGAUGCAUCUUCUUCUGCCUAUCAUGUUAUGUCAGAAAAACUAAUGAGAGAAAAUUCUAUAGUUGAUGAAGAACUAGAUGUGAAUGACUCCAAUAUCUAUCUUGAAUUAGAGGAUUUGAUUACUAAGCCUACAGAUUGGUCUGUUGGAUCUGCAAGUGGAUUGGUGGAACAAACUAGUUGAAUUAAUCUCACUAGUGGAAUAGUGCCUUGUAAUGGUUGCAAGAGUGUGCUUGUGUGGAUGCUCUGCUGCAACACAAGAUGAAGAACUUGAUAUUAUAAGGCUCUUCGAUUACCACUUAUCAGUCUUGAAAGUGUAGGACGUAGAUGCUCGCCCCAGCUUUUUAUAUGAUCAAGCGAGAGUGCGAGACUUUCCAUGUUUCUGUUUGGCCGGGUCCAAAUUGUUCAUAUGUUGUUGUAUAUAUUUCCCUCUCCGCUUUGUGUUCCUUUUGUUAACUUAGGAUCUCAAGUCCUAUAUUAGCAUAUAUAGUAGGCAUAGCUAAGCCUCUUGUGACGUAGUAAUUAACUAUGUAAAUGUAAAGUUGUAAAUUUGUAAUACAGAAAAUGUUUUUCAGUUCCCUGCU